AUGUAUGAGUCCUAUUUCAAAGAUCAGACCAAGCUCUGGUUCCUGAUCCCCCGGUUGAUCACCUCGUACGCGUACCGCCGGGAUAUUGCUAUCUCUCAGUUGUUGAAUGGGUCAUUACGUAUAGCGGUCAUGCUGAUGGUUAUGGCGGCAGAGAUGGACAUCUCGAUGAGUGUGAGGGUAUUCGAAGAGCUUACCUUCACGAAGGCGGAGCCGAACGGGAUUUUCUCGGUGAAGAUGCGUGCGAGUUACAACGUUCUGACCGGUCAUCCAAAUAAGACGCAGGACUGGCAGCGUGCGUACUUCUACAUCAAAUCCGACAAGCAUGCUUUUGAAGAACCGCCUGGGGACGACUUCCGCUUUUUAUGGAAUAAAGAACUUGUUCGUCACCUGAAUACGAUCGCCUACCCGGAGAAGUUCUUUGAGAGUGCGCAAGCGAUAGCAACGCAUAGUCAUCUUUGUUGGCCGGACCUUAGUCGCGAGUGGAUUCGUCAUCAACAAGCUAGAAUCGCUAGAGGUAGACUCAUGUUGAUUGGGAGUCGAGGCUUCCAUUCGGCUCCCGUUGAUCCUUCGGAGACGACUAACUCUGGAGGUGCUGGAGCUUCCGGGGAUCGUGGGGCUUCAAAGGAGGGAGCCUCCAAUUCAAACGACGAGGGCGUUAGCGUCGAGCCUUCUGCUCCGAGUCCCAAAAAGAAGAAGAAAGACAAGAAGACGAUGGAGAAACCAGUGGAUGAGGCUUCUCCGGUUUUGUCUGAUUCUCUCGCUACGUCUUCUGAGGGUCAAGGGACAAAGAAGAAGAAGAAAAAGCGGGCACGCGACGAGGCGAAUUCCCGGGAUGAGGAGACCGCUACGAACGACGCGGUGCCCGUAGAGCAUCCCAAAAAGAAAACUAAGAAGAAGGCCGCUGGAGUUGAGCCUGGUUCUUCAGUCGUCGUGCUAACCCCAAUCGAUGCCGUUAGGGAGGAUGAUGCCACCCCUAACGUGCCUUUAGAGAAGAAAAGGAAGGGGAGAGUUGAAUAUCCCGAUCGUGUGGAGUUUCUGUAUGACGAGAAAACUCCCUUGAUCCUUAAUCCCCUUCGAUGCGCGGAGCUGACGCGCCAAAUUCGCGGUGGGACGAAGGAAAUGCCGCAGUUGGAGGACCUUUUCUUUACAGACGAGUACAUCGACGCCGCUGCCUUGAGAGCUCGGAGUGAUGGGAGCAUGAACUUUCUUGUCGAAAGGUACGAUACUACCUUGAAGCAGACAAUGGUCCAAUUGGGAGCUGCGGACAAACUUGCUGCAACGAGGCUGAAGGUCAUCGACAGAGUGAGAGCUGAGCUUAAGCAGGGCAAUGAGAAGGCAGCAAAGGAGAAGGAAGUCCUUCGAGUUAAGUUCGAAGAGCUUGAGAACAAGCUGAAGACUGACAGGGCGGCGAAGAAGGAGUUGGUCCGCGAGAAGACUCAUCUGGAAGGGAUCGCUGCGGGCCUUGAAAAGGAGAAGACUGAGCUACUCGCGGAGAGGGACGCCGCAGUAGACAAGUUGGUCAGGGAGAGACAGCGUCUGAAGGAUUCCCGGAGCCUUGAAGUCACCCGAGAAAGGGAAAAGGUCGAAGCAGCUAUGAUCGAGAAGGCGAAUCGUUCCGUUACUCGCGUACGAGAUCACUUUGCUCGCUUGGACGCCCUUGGGAAGGCGAAAAACCUGUACGGGCAAGCCUCGGGGACGAAGAAAUGCCUUGAGAUGAUAAGGGAUAGCGGAACAGAAAUCCCGCAAGACAUGAUCGACAUGUUCAGGAGAACGUUCGACCCCUACGGGUCGAAUGUGAACCUGAUCAGUCUGGAGACAGCCUCUCAGCUUAUCACUUUGCGUGAGGUGACCGAAGAGAUGCCUGAGGAGCCGCUGGGUGAUGUCACCUCGGCCCCGACGGAACAAGUCGUGGUCCCCGAAGAGGGCGUUUGUAGGGAAUCACGCGAGAAGGAGGGCAUAGAGGAGAUCCCCAAGGAAGGUACUCCAGUCGCCGAAGAAGGGGUUGAGAAGGCGGGCGUUGAAGAUCCUGUUGUCGUCUCGGAUUCUUCGUCGGGGGAGCAAGACGGAGAGGGGGAUGACGAUGCUGGAGAGAUAUCGCGAUCACGCCCAAGUGAGGAAGAUAAGACCGACGAUGUCGUCGAGGGAGAUGCCGUAAGCUCUCCUCCUGGUGCGGACCUUCUUACCUCGACUCGACCGGAAGAGACAGUUGCUCCCAUUGCUGAGGACCCGACUGAGCCUUCUUAG